AGUUGUUUGCUCAAACUCUGCUUACAUCGGUCAUUACGCACAACUCAGGCACACGUCUUUAAUUGACAUUUAACUCAGAAACACUCAGACAAAAGGAUUAAACGGGAGAACACAUGCACCUGUCAGCCGUGCAGCACACAAGUCCCAGUCCCAAAGCACAGUUUUCCCUCAACAUCCACUAUACUCAGACAGCCAUGAACGCAUGCUCGCCUCCGUGUUCCUGUGUGUUGUUGUUGUUGUGCGUCUGGAGUGUGUAAUCAGUUUGUGUGGUAAUGCCAAUGAUGACUUUCUCAACAGUGACUCAGUGAGAGAACAUUUUGCGGGGAUCGCUCUUGCUGUCUUGUUAAAAUUUGUUUGGUUUUAUGUGACAGCUUCAUUGUGCGUUUCAGUGGGUUCACAGCUGUAAUUCACAGCAAAAAAGAAAGAAGAAAAAACAACACAACUGCAGCUACAGCAUUUACUCACUUAAACACUCUGCGAUUCUCAAAGUAAAAGCUGCUAAAACCCUCUUUAAAAAAGUUAUAUAUGACUUUUAACCUAACAUGGAAAGUUUUAUUUCUCUUUUUAACCAAACUAUGAUGAAUCCAAACUACAAAUAAAAGAAAGUUUUUAGCCAAGAUGUUGAACUAAAGUAUCACUUUCUGUAUAUUAAUGGGUAACCAAACAAAAAAUCAACUUUUUUUGGUUGUUUACUUGUAUAAAUGAGGCUUUACAAAUGCUGACUGUUGAUUCUUGCCACAUUUUUGACAAUUUUAAAUAAACUUGUUGAACUACUUUAAACCAGCAGUCCCAGACCCCCCCAGGCCGUGGACCGGCACCGGUCCGUGGGUCACAUGGUACCCGCAGACAGAAAAACAUAAAUAAAUGUGCUAACUUUGAUCAUUUCCUUUUAGUUUAUUCUCUGAUUCUGAAGGAAGUUUUAUUAUGAAAGACUUCCUUAUUCUGUUCAUAGCAUCCAUCUGGGUCACAUGACAUUUUAUACAGAAUGAAGAUCAGAAAUGACUUCUACAAAUCAACAGCUUUGUUUCAUUGAAUCUUCACGAUCUGCAUAAAAAAUAUGUGUUGAUAUUUUUAAACUUUUUUUAAACAAAAUUUCUUGUAGUAGCAUUUUAUUUUGAAAAUAGAUUUUCAUGAACCGGAAUCUUAAAAAUGCCAACUUCUGCCCCGUUUGGACCGGUCCAGGCCUGAAAAAAGUUUGGAACCUCUGGUUUAAACCAGGGGUCCCCAACCUUUUUCUUGUGAUGGCCACAUAACUGUUUUCUUCUCUGGCGAGGGGCCGUGGUCGGAUCGUAGGCUAGCAAAAGAAGAAUAAAAAUCGCAGGGUGUGUCUAAAUGUAAACAUUUAUGGUUUCCCAGAAAACUACACAUACCCAAAUUUUUUAUAAUAAUUCAUUUCUGUCAUCUUCAAGAAAAAAAAAAGCAUUUUAAAAAUUAAACAGAUAAAUAAUCGAUUUUCUCCAGUCACAGCUCAAAGGAACCAUCAGUGUGCUGCCCCCUACAGGUUGAAAGUGGUAGUGAAGUUGAAUUUCACGAUUGAUUAACUGGUCUGCGUCCCACAACAUUUCAAAAGGUUUCAUGUAAUCAUGCUCUGCAGCUCCAGUUUAAAAGUCCCUCCCAUCUUUGAACGGGAGAACGACGGAGCUUGCUUUGCUCCCGAGAGCGGCGAUGCUCGCUUGCUUGAAAAACGAGCCCAAGCGGCUGGGUGGCUAGCAAACGAAGAGCCGCUGUGGGAGGAGCCUCCUGCAUCUAAUGAUUUUUUUCUUAUUUUUAUAAAACAAACAAAAAAAAAGAUCCUUUAUUUACCUCAAGCUAAACUCACUGUCACCGUCAAUCACAGAUCCAGACCACACCUCCCCCGCUCAGCCCACCUCCCCUAGCCCCGCCCCCUUUUUGCACUUUUUAAAUCAGGGCUGAGAGUGGAGUCAGCCUCCAACUGUCCUGUUGUUUAAUCAGAGAAUUGUCUCUAAGGUUCUCUAAAUUUUUUAGUCAGCUCUUAUGCUCCUCGGUGAGUCUGUUAAGCCGUUGGCGUGCAUCCUUGAGUGUUUGAGUGCAAGUAUAUUUGCUUAAGCCCAGGUCUGCGUGGGCACGUUUCACAUCUUCAAAUUGUGGGAUUGUUUCUUUUCUGCUUUAACCGGCACAUAAUUGGAUCUUUUGUCCCGAGUUGUGGCUGUCUUUGUCAGGCAGAAGAAAAGCAGAGGAAGGGUACAAACUCUGAGCCCAGUGAGGUCUAUUGAGCAGAGCCCCACUCACCUCUGAUGUAAAAGACAGGGCCAAGCAUGAAUAGUUCAAAGCAGACGUUUGCGGUCACAUGCACUGACAACGCGCACGUCACGUCGCAUCACCCCUUUUGUGCAAGUGUUAAGUGUGUGGGAUUGAGAUGUUUCUUUUGGUGUAAAGAGGAGAUUCAAAUGCUGCCACAGCUCAGAUAGUCUCAGGAAAAAAAGGAAAGCUUUUAUUCGCACACACUCUGACUUUAUAGAUAGAUCAGCCUUGACUAUAUGAAUAAAAGAUUUUUCAGAAUCCGGAGAAUGUUAAUCAUUUUCUCGCUGCAUGAAAACAUAUUGAACGAGCCCUAUAUCAGUAUUUCUGUUGUCACCAAAGAAGCCCCAGCGAGUGCUUCUGGUUAGCCAAAACCUAUUUUGUAUUCGCUACACAAUUGGGGCUGGGGAAGUGGGAUUGUCGAGAUGGCCACCAACCUCUCCUCUCACUCCAGGUCUGUCCCUGCGUCUAAAUGAGGACGGAAAAUAAACAAACACUGUGGCUUAGAUUACUGGGCGGAGGAGAUGUCUGCCUGGUUUGACGGAUCACUAUUGCCUCUCUGCCUUCAAUUCAAGCGCCUUUCCCCCUCUUCUCCUUCACCUCUUCCUGUCUUCCCCUCCCUUUCUUUUUAUUUUUGUUUUUUAACCUUUCCUGAACAAUUGUCCCUCUGCGUUCUCGUGGGGCUCCAACAGUUCAUCCUUAUUUGUUUCACUCCUGCCCCUUCCCCCCACAAUUUUACUUCAGGGAGCAGCAAAGAUUGUUGCUUCAAAAUCCUCAGAAAGUAUUGAUCUGGGAAGAUAGGAGCAAGGUCACCUGGCCUAAUUUGAGAGAGACCGCCGAAUAUCAGCAAAUGGCCUUGACACGGAGCUCCUGUCUUCAAAUCUCCUACUGCUGAAAUAACGGCGUCUCUUUCAUUCACUUGAAUCCGACUAAACUGAUACCCAGCGUCUUUGAACGCCGCGUUUCUGAUGGGACGUGCAUCAAAAGCCCCUCUUUUUCUUCAUCUUCGGUCGCAGACAACAAACCUCCCCGCAUGUGGAAUUCCAAAAAUAUAGCCAGACCAGUCUAUGCUAUAAAUCCAAUUAAGAUCAUUGGAUUUUGAUCCCUUAACCCAUUUAGACGUCAGACAAUCGGAGUCUAACAAUAGACUUUUUUUUCCCAGACACACCUGCCCACACUGCCACCGUAAAGAACAUCCAAUUAACUACACAGAUCAUAGCGACAUUACUGAAGUUUUCACUCCGCUGCCAGCUCUCAUCACUUCACAUCGAAAAUUGACUCGCCCUGUACAAUGGGUCUCUGCAGAUCCAUAACUGUCUGCAGAGAUUUUCUGAAUGGAUUUCUUGUAGACAUUUGAAUUUUCCUCUGACUUUUGAGGCUGAUAGCAAUCCUUUAGCUUUUGAUCAUCUUUCUCAUUAGUUUUAGAAGAUCAGUGUAAAGUAUCAGCAGCAGGAAAUGAAUGCAAUCCCUCCUCGGGUUUUCCUCUGGAAAGUCACAUGGUGCGUCGUUCGACCACAGGUCAUCGGAAAUAUCUGCCCCCAUGGAGGACAAGAGGAGCGUCAGACGCUGAUCGAAAAUCAAGUCCUUUAAUUUUAGUGUAAAAAACCCUGAAAGUUCCAAACAGCUUCCAGUAAUUAGAGCACGGAUUCAGCCUUUCUUCUUAGAAAUAUCAUCAACAAAUUGUUAACACUGAAGCACGGUUGAGAGUGAAUGUAGAUGUCCUUCAAACUAUUUCCUCUAGAGAUUGAUAUGAGAGACUAAAGAAGAAAAAUUAAAGCAGAAAAGUUUACUUUUUUGACUAUUUAGGGUUUCUGAUCACUGCAACAUUUAAAAAAGAGGUACAUUUGCUGGAAAAAGCAACAUUUAAGGAAGUUGUAAAUCACACAUUAGAAAAGUGUUUUUAGUUUCUGAGCUUUACAUUAUCUGGUUAGCAUGUUUACCUUCUUUUUAUAAAUUCUUUAUUGUAAAGUCCCAAAGUUGGAUAAGCAAGUUUUUUAAGAAUGCAUACUAAUUUAUCCAGGGGCGGAGCUAAUGGGGGACGAUAGGUGGCUGCUGCCCCCAAUCAAAAAUCUUAGCCCAGCCAGCAAGGCCAAGUGAACCCCGAAUGGGUUUGUCUGCAGUUUCUUGUGUUUGCAUACAUUGACUCAACCGGGAACUUGGUGGGCUAGCUUGCUACAGUAGCUAGCUAGCCGCCUGGAGGAUAACAUAGUGAACUAGCGAGCUCCGCUGCCCAGGGAUUGGCAGCCUGGUGGCAACCCAGCUAUCUGUGUGGGACCCUGGGUUAGGGGACAGUUGCUUACUUUGCCGGACCGUGGACAGCGGAACUCGCUAGCUUGUGACGCUGUCCACCGGGAGGCUAGCUCACUUAAGCUAAUGUAGGGGCCACCACAGAAACUAUGGACACUACUGACCACUUUUAACACAAAUAGGGGCACACUUAGCCUUGCUGGUUGGGGCCCCCUUAAUUUUUGUAUCAAUAUUUGUAUUAAUAUUGAUAUUCAACCUUUUUUAAGCAUUGCAAAACAAUAAUAAUAUAACUGUUUGAAAUACGUAUUUUUAGACCUUUUAAUUUGUCAUGGCCUUCCACUCUGCUGCUCUCAUUUACCACCCCUUUCCAAAGUCUUCUGCCCCCCAUAUAAAAAGUUCUAGCUCCACCCCUGCAUGUUUCCAAGUCUACUUGUCUAAUUCACUUAAACUGUCAAAAGAGGAUAAACAGUUCUGGAAAUCUAACAGGAUGACAUUAAGCCUGUUUGUCACAAAGAACUGCUAAAUAAUCCAAUUGUUUUAAAAGACUUGACAAGUUUUAGUUUAUCACAUGCUGAUAACAGGAUUCUCCCCUUAAGGCCUAUUAAAGCCUAAAAGUCUUAAGUUAACCGUGUUGGGGAGUUGAGUUGCUGUUAUUCCAAAUUCAAAACGUGAAUCUGCAUGACGAGAGUUUCCAAAAUUCCUCACACCUAACUAGCUUUUCUGAGAUAAACCUUUCCUUUUCUUCCAGAGCAACAUGUGUUAGUAAGAAGUUGUGCUGUUUCACCUGCAGCUCAUCCUAGUUCAUUCUUCCUCUAUACUCGCUACAGCAUGGGGAACAAAAAAAAGAAAAAAAAGGGGGGAAGUUCAGCGUUUGUGUGCUCUCUGAGUCAGUGGGAGUGGGGAGUGUCAGGCGCGGUAGUUCAACAUUCCAGGAAUCUGUCCACGGUCAACCCUCACGGAUGUGUGAUUCUGUUCAUUUUGCAGAGGAGGGCUAUGAAUGGCUAACCCACUGCAUAACUCCCGACGCAUUCCCCUCACAUUUACACUCGCAGCGUUGCACAAAUUACAGUACUGUGAAAGGCAUGGCCUAUUCAUCAUCACGGAGGGAAAAAUCAGGAAGAACGGGAGGAGGAUGCUGAUCUUCAUGCAGGAGAAAAAAGCACACUGUAGUAAAGUGAAAUUCUUUAUUCAGCGUGCCCAAACUUGUUGCUGCGAAACAUCUCGCGCGGUCGGCGUAGUCGUCCUUUACCCUCCGUGUACAAAAAAAAAAAAAUCUUCACUUCAGCGGCAACAUGGCUCCACUCCAAAACUAUUUCCCUCCACACUGCAGAUCCUCAAACCCUCUUCUUACAUGCAUUUUACUGGCUAACACAACACAUGCACACUUUUGCACAAAGCGCACACUUGCUGCCAUCUCUGUGCACACAUGUGGGUGGAAGGAGAAGGAGAGCAGAGGAGCAAAAGGAAAAAAAGAGAGAGAGAGAGAGAGAAGAGAAGCCCUCACCCUUUCCCCUUGGCUGGUGGAAAGUGAAACUUCAGUUUUUCUUCCUCCCCCUCUCUCUAGUGUUUGAUAGUGCAGCACUGGCAGCCUCUGUGUGCCCCCCCUGCCCACUCUCUCCCGUUGUAUUCUGGUGGCCAGCUGCUAGCAGAGUUGCAGUUGUACGUGAGUGGGUGGGUGAGACUCGUUUCCUGUGCUUCUUAGGGCUCCGCUCCAACAACUACUGCAGCACGCUUCGGCCGGGGGCCACAGGGGCCACUAUUCAUAACAAACAGGGCGCUGGCUCCUCUCCUCCUCUUCCUUUUCUUCCUCCUCAUCUUCCAUCACCACCGCCAUCAUCAACAUCAGCAUACUGCCCACCCGCUCCGCCUACGCCACUGCACCCCCCUGAGCCCCGGCCCCUGGAGGCCCCCGGUCUGCGGGCCGGGGUCCCCUUGCCGCACUCGGAAGGGUCGGACAUGGAAGUGGAAGAGGACCCCGAGGGCCCAGAACCCUCCACCUUGCCUGAGGAAUGCAUAAAAAACAAAGAGGAUGCAAGAGAGUACGGCACAGAUUUGGACGCUGACCAGUCUCCUGUUGAGAGGGAUCAGAUGGGCGAGGAGAGCUGUGCUGGUGGCCUGCCUGUGUCUGUGGCUGGCAGGAGAACUGAAGGGCCGCCUGUGCUGACUGAAGAGGCUGCUUCGAGGGAGCGAGUCCUGCCAGAGCACGGCGCCUGGCCCGCGCAGGGUUUCGCCUGCUCCCUGUGCAAACGGCUGUUCGGCAGCCUGGAGCACCUCAGGGAGCACGAAUACCGCCACACCCUGUCUCUGAUGGCCUUGUCCCUGGACUGGUCCGGCAUGCAGGGCCUGCAGGCUCCCCCGUCCCAGCCUCCGCCCCUCUUCGGGCAGCCCCUGUACCGACCGGCGGCAGGCGAGCACGCGUCGGCGCGCUACCUGUGCUCUCAGUGCCCCGCCAGCUUCACCCUCAAAUCCAACGCCGACCGCCACGAGAAGACCAUCCACUUCAAGAAGAAGCUGAUGCAGUGCGUGUACUGCCUGAAGCACUUCAGGGACCGCACAGACUUGCACAGACACCUGUCGUCCGUGCACUCCAAGGAGAGAGGGCACACCUGCCCGGUCUGCGCCAAAGCUUUUAGCACCCAGAAAAACCUGGCAACUCACGUUAAAGUGUGUUGCCAGGUGAGGCUGGCACCGGGAGGGGUGGACAUGUCUCAGUAUAUGAACGUCAGCGAUCAAAACAGGGCGAUUGAUGUAGAGAGCCUGUAGUUUCCUACCUACGGACGGGCGUUGUGUCUCAAGCCAAAAAGUUAAAGUCCCAUCAGUCGUCAUGCACCGCACUGUGUGAAAUUUGUUCUCCACAUUUGACUCAUCCCCUGGGGGAGCGGUGAGCUGCAGACACAGCCGCACUCGGGAACCAAUUGAUGAUUCAACCCCACAAUCCAACCCCUUAUUGCUGAGUGUCAAGCAGGUCCCAUUUUUAGAGACUUGUCCGGGAUUUGAACCUUCCAGCCUCAGGGCGGACACUCUUCCACAAGGCCACUGAGCUGAGCAAAAAACAGAUCCGGACUCAGAAAUCAUUUAUUUAAGAAUCUUAAACCGCUGCUUAGGUACCUUGACACACCUUCUAUGCAAAACUUUUCCCCGAAAUGAUAAAUCUCAGAGCACCGGGGAGAGAUUGGUUUCUCUGCUGUGCCGAAUGGAAAGACGGGGGGUGUCUCUCUAACCACCCGUCUGGCUCUCUGUCGCCAGUCACCAGUCUGACUCAACUUUUGUCUCCUUUUUAGGCAGAGAGAUCUUAAUCUGUGUGUCCACCCCUGCAUUACACUCACAAAGACUUUCAAAGCCAGCUCCUACCUGUCAGGCAUUCCUAACAGGGUGCACAGCCCUGCCACCUGCAGGAGCGCCCCAGUACUGCAGCAUUAAGACACAUUCUAACUCAAAUAAUAAUAAAAACAUGUCAAAUCAACAUUAAAAAUGACAAAAUAAACACCAAUUUAAAGGAUUUUGUGCCAAGCUUGUCUGUGGUUUUGAGAUAAAUGCAGAUGGAUUUAGCCCGCUAAAACAAUAGAAAAGGAGGGGGGUUGGGAGGUGUCAUUUUCUCCCUCUCUGACCACCCUCCUUUGUCUCUGAUCUGUAAUUCUUGUCGUGGCUGAGUGGAGCUGGAGCUGAGCAGUUAUUGGCCCUCCACGACUCCAACCCCUCUUGACCUCCGACCCCUCCACAUCUGAAGCAGGGGAAGCAAGGGGGGGAGUGAGGGGCAGGUGCCCUUUAAACCACAUGUGCUUUGUGACGUAACGACCAUUAAUAGCGAUGAUCUCAGGGCAGAAAAAGAGGGACAAGAGCCGAGAAAAACCUCACCUAUUCCUGCCAAAAUAGUCUUUUUUUCAUAUUAAGAAGGAUUCGGAAUGAGAAGUCCUGAAAAAGUUAGGCUUUCCACCGAGGAUUCGUCUUCCUGUUGUGUUUACAGUCUCCUCCCAAAAAGCUUUAUUUUCAGGUCCCAGCCAGAAGAAGACUCAGGGAAGUAAGAGACGAAUCAAUAAGUUAGCAGGAAAAUAACCGUCUGACUGCUGCAUAUUUUUUGAAUCUGAAUGGCAGGUUUCAAGGAUAUUAAAUAAUAGAUUCUACUUUUGAAGCCCAUGUAUUUUUUUUCUGACUGAAUGACUCUUGCUUGGCUUGUAGAUUGUAUGAUGUUCUUAAAGAUCGACUGGAAAUAAAAUAAAAAAGAAACAAUACUUUUGCAGUUGUGUUUCCUUUUUCAUCAUCUGUUCAUGCAUGUUUUUUUUUGUUUAAAGAGCAGCAGUCGCUUAACUGAAUGAGGUAAUUAUAUUACCUUAUGGCCCUUUCUAGUGUGCUCCAUCUCCUUUUAUUUACUGUACAGUAGAUGUGGCGUUUUUGUGCACCAGUAGUGAUGUUUUGAAGUCGUCCCUCCCUUUUGUGUGUGAUUUUCUUGUCGUUUCCCCGUUUGGCUUUUGUGUGUGUCUAGUAGAGACCUUCUAGAGCAGCUUAGGCAGACUGACUGUUGUGCCAUGUGUUUAAAGUAUCUCUAUGCCUUUAUUACUUUAUGGAGGAAAAGCUGUUGCCAAGGCAACUGUAGCUUUGACUUGGAUUGGUAUGACCAUGGGAAUUGAUGGUACAUUUCUAAGCCACAUUGCUAAUUAAAUGCGGAAACCGAAGUGACAAAAAGACUUUUCUUUAUCAGAAUGAGACUUUUUCAAUACAAAUAAUUGUUUUUUUCUUUCUUAUUCCACCCCCUCCACCUUUC